AUCUUCUCACAAACUCAGCAUCAGCCCCAGCAGCCAGAGCGUGUGCUGUGUGCAGGCAGAGCUCCAGUGGUUAGAGUGUGAAGAUAGCCUGUUUUAUCACAGGAGUUCCACACUAAUUCCAGUGCAGCUCGUACCAGCUCAGUUCAGCCUGUUUCCACCCACAGCCUUGAUCUUUCCCAGCCCAGCCGUCACUAUGGAUGUCCUCUCCUCCCUCACUUCAGCCUCCUCGUGCCCCCACAUGUACCACUUACCCAGUCACCCCAGCAACACCACCAUAUCAGACGCAGCCACUGGGAUCAGCCAUGUGAUCCUGCGGCACUACAACCACACUGGCCGCCUGCAGAACAGGACCAUCUCAAACACCCAGAACCACAUCAGUGCCAUCACGGCCGUCUUCCUCAUCUUCAGUAUUUUCAUCAUCCUGGAGAACCUCCUGGUGCUGGUGGCUGUCAUCUCCCGCAUCCGCCACAGCCGGCGUUGGGUUUACGUUUGCAUUGCCAACAUCACUCUCAGCGACCUCCUCACCGGCGCUGCCUACGUGGUCAACAUCUGUUUGUCUGGCAGCAAGACAUUUCACCUCACCCCUGCUCUGUGGCUCUUCAGGGAAGGGAUGCUGUUUGUGGCCCUGGCAGCAUCCAUAUUCAGUCUGUUGCUGAUCGCUGUGGAGCGCUACACCGCCAUGAUGAAGCCGCUGCCCCAGAAGUCAGCCAGGAAGAGUUACUAUAGGAUCUUUGCCUUGGUGGCACUCUGCUGGGGGUUUGCCCUGGUGAUUGGCUUCCUCCCAUUGCUGGGCUGGAACUGUGUGUGCAGCCUGGAUGGAUGCUCCACCCUCCUCCCUCUCUACUCCAAGACCUACAUCUUUUUCUCACUCACCAUCUUCUUUGUCAUCCUCCUGGCUAUUGGCGUGCUCUAUGGUGCCAUCUACAGCCACGUGCACAAGAGCACACAGCUGGGCCCCCAGCGCAGUCGCAAGCGCUCCUUGGAUUUGCUAAAAACUGUGAUCACCAUUGUUGGGGUCUUCAUGCUCUGCUGGGGGCCACUGUUCCUGCUGCUACUGGUGGAUUUCUUCUGUGUCUCCCGCCAGUGUGCACCACUGUUCAGCGCUGACGUUUUCAUCGCCCUGGCUGUUCUCAACUCCGGCAUUAACCCCAUUAUCUACGCCCUGGGCAGCAGUGACAUGAGGAAGGCUAUCGCUGAGCUGCUGUGCUGCUGCUGCCUGAGGUCUGGCGUCUGUCACCCAGACACAUUCACAUCCAAGGAGACCAGCAGCACCUCUGGGAGCAGGAGGGACAGUCUGAGGAACAGUUUUAACAAGGUCAGAAAUCUGAGCGUGGCCUCUCCGCCAUCAACCCCGAGCAAGCCUCGCAGAGCACCCAAAAAAUAUCGGCUGAGCUCCACCACCAGCUGCCUGUCAGUUUCAAGUGGUUAAACCACAAUCUGCUCCCCUCCCAAGCAAACAAGACCUGUGUGCACUGAUACACAUCUAACCGUUUCCUCUCCUCCAAGUUUUGGUAUGAAUGUUCAAUGCUUUGCCUGCAGGUAAUUUUGCUGAUGAUUGCACAGCGUCAGAAAACCCGCGAAAAAUAUGAAUUUCAAACCACAGAAGACAGGAGUUUUUUUGUGUUACCAGAUAUUUCUCAGAUAUAUCUCAAUGCUUUUUACACACUUACUGGAUUGAACUGUUGUUGCACUGUAGCCUACUUGUUAUUAUUACUCAGUCAAAAUAAAAAAAUAAUGUUUUAUAUAUAUUAAGGCAGAUUAUUAAUAAGAAGCAUUACCUACAACAUGUGCAGAAUGGGAAAAUAUGUAUAUAUGUGUAUUGCAUUGUACUGUAACAAUUUGAAUAAGCCUGAUGUUUUACUGUAUAUUUACAACUGAUGGAAAUAUAAAUAAAGUUUAUUUUGCUC